AGUACAUCGACCGGUGGCUGGAGGCCAACAGACAGUUCAACUGGAACGCCGUGGUCCGCACCAAGAAGUUCCUCUCCACCCGGUGCUGUUGCUUCUGUUCCUGGGGGAAGAGUUUCGGCACCUACCUGACCGGUCUGUACUUGGUGACUAAGUUUCUGUUUGUGCUCAACUCUGCCUGUGUCUUCCUCAUCAUGCAUCACGUGGUCGGAGACUG